UUGCAAUCAUUCGCUUCUGUCCGAAAGCACACUUAGUGUGGUGGAAAAAGUAUCAAUACUCAGUCGAAGCCAGACACAGGCACGUGUAAAACAGUGACACGGUGUAAACAAAGCAAAGUGAACAGUUUGACAGAAUGUAGAGGAAAAGUUAUCAGAAGCAGGUAUAUGUAUACUGUUUCUAACCUCAGCACUCACCGAUUAUACAGAGAUGGUGUGCAUCUGUUCGCUUCAGGCAAACGCUUUGACUAUCGAAAGUUUACAUUGAACGCAUGUCAGGUCUUGUAUCGAAAUACUUUACUGUAUUCACUAGCAAAGUGUUAUAUAUGGUCAGAUGCCGUAAUCACAGCUAUGCCUUUAUCACUUAGUAAGUUAAAGAAAAGAGCUCCCGAAGAAGUGACAGUAAAACCCAAAAAAAAAAUUGAUAGAUUCGAUGGGCUUACAGAAGAAGAAGUACAAAAAUAUACUUUAUCGGACUAUUUAGAACCAGAUUUAGAUAUGGUAUUUGUUGGAAUUAAUCCUAGUCUAAUGGCUGCACAUCGUGGAAGAUAUUAUGCAGGUCCGGGCAAUCACUUCUAUAAACUUUUGCAUGAAUCUGGAUUGGUUCCUAAAUUUGUCAGCUUUGAAGAAGACUACAAGCUUUUGAAAUAUAAAAUUGGAUUGACCAAUAUUGUUCAUAGAGCCACUAGAUCUUCAGCAGACCUGAAACGUACAGAAAUUAAAGAAGGCGCCUCAGUUGUAGAAGAAAAACUAAAAAUAUUUAAACCCAAAAUUGCUAUAUUCAAUGGCAAGGGUAUCUAUGAAGUAUUUGCUAAUAAAAACAGCAAGUCUGCUUUUAAUUUUGGUUUACAACCAGAACGUAUUGAAAACACUGCAAUUUGGGUUGUUCCAUCGAGCAGUGCUCGUUGUGCAAACUUUCCUCGAAUGAAAGAUAAGCUACAUUUUUAUGUAGCUCUAAAAAAGUACUUACUGUUUCUAAAGGGUGAAAUAAAUGAUGUAGAUGCUAAAGAGUUUUUCUUUGAGGGAAAAUGUAAACAGUUUAUUCCAAGUACUUCAAAGAUGUGGAGACGUAAAAAUAUGUCCGCAUUUUUAUAUGGUGGUAGAGUUGCUAAUAAGGACACUGUCAAUUUAGAUACGUCUGAAGAAUGUAUAGCAACUGUACAAAGUACCGAAUUCAUUGUUAAAGAGCUUGGAAACGGCUCAGAAAAUUCAUUAGAGAAUCUUAGAAACAAAAACGAAUCUCUUGAAAAAUGUUUGGCCACUGCUGUGAAAGCCACUUUUACUUUAGAGCAUGAAACCAAGAAAGUCAAAAUUAACGAUGAAAAUUCGACUACUGAAAAACUAAUGACAUGGAAUUUCAAAGAAGACGCUCCAACAAAUCAUUUACCAUAUUCGGAUGAUAAAGAAACGUACAAAAGACUCGGAAAGAGAUCAAAGAAGCUUUCUCCAAAAUUGAUGAGGCCGCCGAAACAGCCACAUAUUAGAAGAGAACAGGAUUCUGCGGAUUUUGUAAAUUUAAUAAAACAACGUCUCUCUGAAAAGAAAUUUCUGGAUGCAAACACCAUUAAAACCAGUAAAGAAAACGUUAACAUUAUUGUACCAUGCCGUGUAAACGGAAAGAAAUUGAAACACGUUAAUAUAAAUUCAAACGAACUUACCGCCGAAGACAUCCUGGCAUCAAAUGACUCCAAAAAUCGAAAUUUCGAAGACUCGUAAUAUUUUCAUUAUAUCCAUCGUUUCACUGCACCACUAGAGUAUUUAUUAUUUUAAAAAUCCCCGAUCACUAUUAAGUUCACAAAUAAGUUUUAAAUAAAUGUUUGUAUGCAUAACAAUUUAGCGGUUUAAUUUUUCCAUCGCAAGUUAAUAGCACUGCUCCAAAACUAUCAUACAGUAACACUCUUGCAAAUAACUAUAAUGUUUACAUGAAAUAAUGAAAAUUUCAAAAUGAAGGAACUGUAACAAUUUCAACAAUAGUCUGAACUUUAUGAAAUACACCGCCGUUUGGUAAUGUCGUUAACGGAAGAUAAAUAGACUAGGCAGUCCCGUAUGUCUCGUACAGAACUAAUCUGCCAUACUGACGGAUCAUCGAGAAGCCUGCCACCUGUGACUGUGAAUUUACUAUAUCGAUAACAAGCAGUACUUGUAUAGUUGCGACAUCUGUCGGUAGUUUUCAGCAAUUGAAAAAGGAUCAAUCCCAUUCACAGUAAAAAUAAAAAAUUAUCUUCCACGAUUUAAUUUUUCCCCACUUAUCAUUUGCCUUAUCUGGGAAAUGCCAGUAAAAUUCCCUAAAGCUUGCCUUAAAAGAUAAUCUUAUUAAAUUACAACGAGUCAGUCAAGUAGAUCUAAUCUUGACUCGAACGUAUGAAUUCAAAACGAUAGAUUUCUUUUUAACUGACUGUAGAUUUUUAAUAUUUUAAUAAGCUUGAAUUAAAAUCCUUGAAGGAAUUUGCAUCAUCCGCUUUAUUGCUUAGUCUAUAUCCAUCUUACGUCAGACCAUAAACGAUAUUAAAGACAGAAUACUUAACAGAAUAAAAGAAAAUGGGAAAUCUUAAUUAAACAUAAAAUCUGGUUAAGAGUCAGAAUCAUAUGAUCGUAAUAUAUCGUAAUAAUAUAUCUCAUCCUAUUAUUCCGAUAGCAUUUUGUUUCUAAUAUGUAAUAUAACACUGUUUCAUACAAACUCAUAUGCACGAGACGUUUAAAAAAAGAUUAUCUAUUCAUAAUACACCCAUACAUCAAUUCCUAAUUUAUAACUAGUCUUACAAAAUUAUCCCUUAAACCGAUAAGAACACACACGUAUGUAAUGAAAUGUAUUAACAAAAAAUUUUCAGCAAUGUCUUUCAAACCAACAAAAUGUAUAACCAUAUUCAUUAUCACAAAGCAUAAUCCAUAAAAUAAAAUAUCAAAUAUCACAUGAAACGAUUUAAUACAUCUACAACGAUAACAAAAAAGUCGAGACAAAAAAAAUUAUGUUAAUAUUUUCUUCAUUCACUGUAUAUCAAGAAAGCAUUCAGCUAUAUUAUAUUUCUAAGAAAAAUAAUAGAUACAUAAAAUAAAUACAAAAAUCAACAAUAAUAAUAAAAAGAUUCAAGUUAUCCACGAUCAAUUAAAAAUAUUGUACACGGAUGUACUACUCUCGCUUACAUAAUUCAAAUGAAACAGAAAACACAAUCUGCCUAAAAACAGUAAUGAGAUUCAUUUCGCCGACUCUGAGAUCUAACGUCUGCGCGAAAGAGCGAAAGCAUCCGAAGGAACCCGAGUAUAACAGGUCGCUCGAUACGUGCGUACGUGUCUAUCAUUUCGUAUCGCGGCAGUGAGGCAUUGACUGUCUAGUUUGACAGUUGCUCCUUCUUUCCUCUGUGACAAUCAGUGAUCAGUGGUAAUAUAAUUAUUUCAAAAUGUGAGUACCAUUGCUACUAGUGAUAUACCACUAGAUAAUUUUUACCAAACUUCACAUGUCAAAUGGAUUCUGCGCAUUUCAACUUUAAGUAAUUGUGGUUAUGGACAAGCGCACUGCUAACGAUUCUUUUACUCGGUGUACAAUUUCGUUGAACUACGUAUUACAAUCUACGUUACGUCCUAAUUCCGACGUGUUUUACAAAGAGAGCUGACCAUGUGUGUAGUACCUAUGUAGGACAUGAAACCGGUCUCAGCUGCUGUUAACAACACUCCCGAAAUUCUUGUGAUAUAUGUAAAUGACAGAAUCCUCUAUACGCAAAUUGUGGCAUUAGACACGGAUUAGAAUUAUCAACUUUUUUUUAAAUUUCAACAUGCAUCGUUUUCAGUAAAGAAAUAAAACCGUUGACUGUCACGUGUA